AUGCCACCAAAGAAGGAUGACAAACGUGGCUUGAAGACGGAGUUACACCCUGCCUUGCGAUCUUCGAAUUUUACCUUGAUUAAAGAGCAACAGCGUGAAGUAAAUCCAUAUUUAGCAACUUCAGCGAAGAAUUCAACGCCAUACAGGCAUAAGUUAUUAAGAUUUCAUAAGCCAGGUGAAGUCAGUGCUAUUAUUGAACGUCAAAGAGAGGAAAGAAAGACUGAGGAUAUCAAAAGGCGACAAGAUGCAUUAAGACUACAAGAGCUCGAUAAAAAGAGGAAUGAAGAAGAAAAGUUGAAAAUUUUGUCAGGCGAACUGCCUGAUCUGAGUAUAGGAGAAGAUAAGUUCCUCAAGAAUAGUAAUGAUAUCCCUGAUACAGUUGAAUGGUGGGACAAAAUCUAUUUGGAUCAAACUUUUAAUAUUUUACAAAAGUAUGAGGAUGAAACCUACAAUUCUGAUGAUGAAGAUGAAGAUGACGAGACCCCUUCCAUAUCCUAUGUCCAGCAUCCAAUACCUAUAAAAGUCCAUGAUAUACGUGUGCCAUCUAAAGUGUAUUUGACUAAGAAAGAACAGAAAAAGCUGAGGAGAGAGAAAAGAAAGUUGAAAAGGGAAGAAAUCGAAACUAAAAUCAAAUUAGGCCUUCAACCAAAACCUGAACCAAAAGUCAAAGUAAGUAAUAUGAUGAAUGUUUUAGAAAGUAACCAAAAUAUAACGGAUCCAACUAGUUGGGAAAAAACAGUGAAAGAGCAACAAGAGGAGAGAAAAAGGAAGCAUUAUGAAAUGAAUGAAAAAAGGCAUGAGGAAGCCAUUAAAAAACGUAAAGCAUUGCAUAAUAAUCAAACUCUAACUUCUGCUUAUAAUUCUACCAUGAAUAACUGUUGUAAAAUAUACUGGUUCAAAAAUGUACAAAAUCCAAGGAUAAGAUUCAAGUUAAAGGCCAAUAGCAAACAAUUGUCCCUACGUGGGGCAUGUCUGCGUGUUAAAGACGAAGGUUCUGGCAUAAUUAUUGUUAUUGGAGAAGAAAAAAAUUGUAACUUCUAUGACAAAUUGGUUAUGAAAAGGAUUAAAUGGGAUGAAAGCUUUGAGGAUAAAUCGGACAAGACAGGAAAUAUUAUAGCUAUGACAGGGAACUAUGUGAAAAAAGUUUGGGAAGGAUACUUGGAUUUUGAGGUCAUUAAAUUCCCCAGAGGCUGGUUUAUGAAAGUGUGUGAAACAGAAGAGGCAUUGAAAAGCACGUUGCAACAAUUCAAUGCUGAGAGUUUCUGUAAUUUUUUGAUCGAAUAG